UAACAGAUUAAAAUUUUCUACCUAAAAAACUAUCGACACUUAAACUGUUUAUGUUGAAUAAACUUAAGCAGUUUAAAUAAUCGGUAUAUAGCUGUGAAAAAACAGUCUGAAUAAGUCAGUUUAUAUGUGACUAUUGUGACAAACUGUUCAACAAUUGACCUGAAGUCAAGCUCUCUGUACCUACCUUUUUUACCUUUAUCAUAUUUUUGCUUCCACGAUUAUGGCUCACAAAACUUCCAAAGAUCUCAAAUCUAAAAAGAAGCAAAGAAGUGCUUCGUCCAAGCUCCGCAAACAACCUGUGGCUAUUGUACGAUCCCAAUCACGACCUCAAACACGACUCCAAUCACGACGAGACAACAACACCUUUACCACUAGAACCGAUAUUGGCAAUAUCUCACCUCAAAAGCCCCAGCAACUCUUUUGGUAUAAGCGUUUGGAAGGAUUGAGAGCGACAAUUUUGCGCUCCAAUUCUUGUGAAAAUUUCGAUUUGCCUGACAACAUUAAACCAGUGGGACCUUAUAUUGGAAACGAUACAGCCUUUAGGAGUGUCAUAAGUUCCCUACAUCUUAACCAAGGUCCAAUUAUCGGACAAACAGCUGAAAAAAGCGUCUUGGAAGCGCACCCGGAUGUCUUUUUGGAUCCUAAACAACCCUUAGUUGAAACUAUGAUAAUAUCUGAUGACGAUAUUCGUGAUCAAGAAGAGGUAGUUAACUCACUGCGACGUGAAUUGGCCUUAGCGCUACAAGAUUAUGAAAAAAGUCAAUAUUGUAAAUACCAAUAA